CUCUUGGCACCCGACCGAGUCAAGGCGAGGGGUGGGGUAGUGCAAGAGGGGUGCACCGGUGCUGCACCGCUCGGAAGUUGCGGCAGCACAACAACUUAGUUUUGGACACUAGGCGAGGCGUCAAUAUGGGGACCGCGGAGCUGGAGUCCAUGAGCUUGGACAGCAAGGACCGCGAAGAUGGCGGGUGCGCGUCGGCUGCCGCGACGCUGCCUGACCUGGCGCUGCUCCUCGUGCUCGAGUACGUGGCUGCCUACAACCUCGACGACGUGGUGUCCGCGGGGCAGGUGUGCCGCCACUGGCGCCGCGUCGCGUCCAGCAGCGAGCUGUGGCGCCACCGCAGCCUCCGGAGCCACGGCCUCGCCACGCAGGCCUUCACGCGGGUGGUGACCUUCGCGCCGCGCCUCCGCGCCAUGGACGUGUGCUGGAUCAAUCAGAUCAGCCCCGAGGACCGCGCCGUGCGCAAGGCCGCUCUGCUGCGCUCCCACUGCAAGUUGACCUGCCUUACGGGGGUCAUGUGCCACCGGGACUCCACGUGGACGCAUCGCCUACUCGCCCUCCACGGCGCGCACCUCAAGAAGCUGGAGGUGUCCACAGUCGACCGGCAGGCUCUGCAAGCCCUUGGAGUUAUGCCCCGCCUCCGUGUCCUCCAGGUGUCCGGCUGGGACGCCGAGCUCUACGAAGAGCCCGUCGUGGUCUUCCCUCCAGUCAGGGAGGGUGGGAUCGGGCCAGGCUGUUUGGAUGCCCUGGAGGUGCAGGGGCUGCCUCGCGCCACAACAAUCUCCAUGCUCAAAGCCAGUCGGCGGACGCUGCGAAGGCUCAACCUCGGCGUGGGUACUACCGGUGCGCACGAGAAGACCCAUGGGAACUGGCCCCGGACGUGCAACGACCUGUCGCAGGUGCUGGCUGACUGCUGUUUGGAGGGGCUACAAGAGUUGAUCUUAUACCGCUUUGCAGGCUGCUACCACACCACGUCAGAGUGCAUUCAGCAGAGAAGUUCUUUGGAGCAGCAAUUCCGAUUUUGCCUUGUUACUUGCAGUGAUUGUAGUCCAUACACAUUUUAACAGCUUUGAAUGAUAAAUGAUAUACACUGAAGUAAAAAAUAAAGGCAAACAAAAACAGAGAGAAA